UGUGUGUGUGUGUGUGUGUGUGUGUCAGUGAGGGGAGGGGAGGGGCGCUACAUCACGACUCUAGUCUGUACAGGCGGAGAGGCAGAACUCAAAUGGUUGUAGUAGUGGAUACCCAAGGGUACAUAGAGAGGUGGGGAGUGAAGAGAGGGAGGGAAAGAGUGUGUGAAAGAGAGAGAGAAAGGGGAGGAGUGGUCUUUCUCUGCCGGUCUGUGAGCACACUGGGACUCUGUGUGUGUGAGUGAGUGUGGUGUGCCAGAGGGAGUGUGUGUGUGUGUGUGUGUGUGUGAGCACUGUGGGCAGAGUCAGUGCCUUGCCUCCUUCUCUUCUCUUCCUCUCCUCCACUCUCAAACGCGGGACUCAGCUCUGUUCCCUGUGGUCGGGGUGCCGGCAGCCCGGCUCUCUCUCUCUCGCUCUCUCUCUCUCUCUCUCUCACACACUCUCACACACCUGGAACAAUGGUGUUCAUCGGCACCACGCUCAAAUCGGUCAUCAAGUACUUCAAGAAAAAGGCCGUGUCCAGCCUGGACGAUGAGAGCAAGUGGACGGUGCACUACACGGCCCCGUGGCACCAGCAGGAGAACGUCUUUCUGCCCGGCACCAGGCCCCCGUGCGUGGAGGACCUGCACAAACAGGCCAAGGUCAACCUGAAGACCGCCCUCAGAGAAUGCGACAAGCUGAGGAAAGAUGGCCUCCGCAGCUCGCAGUACUACUCCCAGGACCCGGCCUUCUCCUCCUCCAGCCUGUCGGAGAGCAUCCACAGCCGUCCUGAUGCCGAGGAGAGGGAGAAGAAGUCCGCAGGCUCCUCCCCCGACGAGGAGAGUCUGGUCUACAUUCGUCCGCACACGCCGCUGAUCGAGGACGUGACCGACGAUGACAUCAGUGGCCACACUUACUGGAACCAGUCCUUCCCCCUGCCCACCCCAGAGGAGAAGAUGAGGCGGGCGGCCCAGUCUGUGGUCACCGACGUCAUCCCUAUCAACAUCACAGGCGAGAACUUUGACCGGCAGGCCAGCUUCCGGCGCUCCCUCGUAAACACUGACACUGUGAUCAGGCGACCCAAGAAGGUCAGGAGGAGAAAGACUAUUACGGGGGUGCCUGACAACAUCCAGAGGGAACUAGCCCCACAAGGGCAGGAUGACGGCAGAGCCCACUCCAUGUACCUCCCCGGUCAGUACUCCUCUCUCGGCCGCACCGGCAGCAUCAACUCCACCCUGCAGCACUCGCUGAAGCGAGACUCCAGCUGCCAGACGGAGGAGGUGAAGAUUGUCCAGCCAUCUGUCCGGCGGAUCCGCGCUCAGAGAGGGCAGGGCAUCGCUGCUCAGAUGGCCAACAUCUCCACUUCCUCCUCCGGGAGCCUCUCAGCCAUGAGCGACUGCAAUGGGCUUGUGUUCACCCCCCAGCACACCAGUAGCGACCAGGGCUUCCACAGCCUGCCUCGCCCAGGGACAACGAGAGGGACCUCGCAGUCGGAGCCUGGUAACUACGCAACCAAUCAUUACCGAAUGACCAACGGCUCGUCCCAUUCACUGCCACAUCCGGUAGAGGUCAAGCAGGCCAACGAUCGCUCCCUGCAUCUGACUGCCUCUCUGAAGACCAAUGGUUUGCCCAGCCCCAAGUUCCAAGGCUACCAGAGCGAGCAACCAAUCACCUCCUCCUCGGACUUUGCGGGACAUUUCAACGGGACCACUUCUCUCAGUGCCAACGGUCUGAUGCUUGCUCCGUCAGACUUUGAGGGUCCCCUCUACGAGAAUGGAGGCUACCACAUACAGUCUAUGGAGCCCUUGCCAGUCGAUAGACCACCGAGCACGGCUGAGUCGUCCCGUUGCCAGUCGGCCGCCUCCAUCUCCACAGGUGCCAACACUGAGACGGACUCCCAGUGCAGCACGCUGGACGGCCAGAACUGCAGCAGCCCCAGCUAUACACGGCGUGAGUCCAGCAGCAGCACCCAGAGCUGCGGCACCAUCACCUCUGACCCAUGGGGCUACGACAACAUCUCGCCCCCCAAGCACGACCUCACCUCCACCUGUUCCUCGCCUGUGAACCACAUCUACAGCAGCUCGGAGCAUUCUCCCAACAAGACCGACUCAAGCUCGCUGUACUCAGUGGACAACGAGGGGUACUACACCUCCAUGCGGCUGGACUCGGGGCUAAAGUCACACAGCCACAGCUGCAUCAACAGGGCAGAUAAGGCCAGGCACAACAUUUAUGAGUGCCGUAAGCACCACAGCCAGGACGACCGCAUAAGCCUUGGGAGUAACAAGUCACUCACGAGGAGCAUCUCCCUGCGCAAGGCCAAGAAGCCCCCUCACCCUCCCGCUCGCACUGACUCCCUGCGACGCAAGUCUGCAAAGGCACAGCACCUGAGCGAGUCAGUUCUGAACGAGAAGCUGAUCUCAAGCCUGCAGCAGUCGCUGCAGAUGAGGAGCCAGAGUGCGUCGAUCACGACCCAGAGCCUCUGCAGCGACUUCGAAGACCCUUGGGUGCGGCGGCCCAGGAGCCACAGUAACAUUAGCGUGGCCAGCAGUGGGAUGUCGGCCCCCGCCGCCAUGUGUCCGGUCACACCACCACCACCACACAGCGACAACAGCAGCCAGCGCUCCGACUACACAGAGUCUUGGGAUUUCUGCUCGGAAUAUCAAGGGCCUAGAUCAGAGAAAGGACUGUCUCCUAUUGGCCGAUCGUUAAGCAAUGGCAUGACUGAUGAAGGCCUGACCAAUGGGGAUAUGAGUCAUUCUGCCAUGACCAAUGGUGUGCUGAGCAGUGAUGGCAUGACUAAUGGUCUCAUGACCAAUGGUCACAAGAUGUGCCUGCCUCUGGUUCACGUGAACACGGUCGAUGGGCCGAGAUCAAAGAUGACCUCUCCUGAAAAGAUCCACCGACUGACAUCCCCCUCUAGUGGCUACUCUAGUCAGUCGAACACCCCAACAGCAGGGACCCCCACAACUUCGGGAAUGAGGGCCAAGUCUCCGGGGGCUAGAAAGCCACCCAAGCCCAAGCCCAAAGUGCCAGCGAGAUCGUCCUCACUGCUGUCAUCUGUCUCUGUGUCCUCCUCGUCCACCUCUCUCUCCUCAAACACCUCUGAUACAGUCAAACUCCCCAUGCCACCACCUCCUCCGCCUCUCCCUGGCACCACUCCACCUCCCUCUCCCUCUGCCUUCGCCACCAACCCUUCCCCUCCGACCCCUAAAUGUGAUAGUCCUUCACCUCCUCUCACCCCUCUAGUGUCCGUCAAUGAAAAAGAUCAGACCUCUCCCCCAGUUUCUCCAGUAAUGGCAGAGAUGAGUACAGAAUCACUGAACUCGUCGCCAGGCUUUCCCUCCCCUCCGCCCCCAGUAGAGGUCACCCUGGAGUCUCCGUUGCUAUGCGGCAACACCUCCCCUCUCCCACCUCCACCUCCUCCUCUCCCUGCCAUGCCCUCACCAUCCAACCUUCCAACUCCACCUCCUCUGCCACCUUUAUUGGGUAUGGGACUUCCAACAGCCUCUGUUUUCAAAUUCAAGCCUGUGAAUGUCCCUGCUAAACCUGCGGAGCAUCCAGUGAACACAGAGAAGGCAACACCGCCGCCAAGUCCAGGGCACCUGGACGAGACAAUGUCGCCAAAACCUCUGAUCACAGCAGAGGCUCUGCAGAUGGUGCAGCUGCGAUCUGUCAAGAACCUCAAGAAGCUUGAAUACCAAGAUGAGGAAUCACCAACUUUGACUGCUGUUGAGAAACAAGAGCAGAAACAGGAUCAGGACUGUCAAAAGGUUCUAGAGUCAGAAGAACCUAAAACGUCAAUCAUCCCUGUUCCUAACCAGACCACAUGCUCAAGUCCGAUUGAGAAUGGAAUGGAUGUACCCCCAUCCCCAUUGAGGGAACCCAUGGUGAUUACAGACAGAUACAGUGCCCCUGAGCCUGUGGAAAAGGGAACGACCUGUAAUGGACAAUCUGAUGAUCACAUCCCAGAGAUCCUAUCCCAGGACGAGCCCACAGGCGAUUCGUCAGUGAAAUCAGACAAUAUACAGUCCCUUGAGGAUCAAAGUCCAUCUCCACCCUCCCCAACCACCCCUCGCAAGCAAAAGCCCCCCGUAUCUCCCAACAAGCCCAAACUCUCGCUGAUCGUUCCUCCACUUCCCUCUACGGCAUCCUUUGAGGUUGAGUGCAUGCAGGUGCUAAAUGCUAACGGCGCCAUAGCCGUCACCCCGGAUGACACUCCUCUGUUCGAGGUCACCGGCGGCCAGUGCUUCACCCUGCACCAGGAGGAGGGAGAGGACACCGACUCUGGGUGCUCCACACCCGUGCUGUCCACACUGAGGAGGGACUCGCUGAGCAGCGAGCUGUCUUCAGACGGGCUUCCUGGGGGGGCGCACCUCCAGGACCUAAUCAUUCAGGAGCAAGACCUUGGGCUGAGCGACGAGAGGAGCACGUCGGACGAGGACGACCAGGCCCCGGGCUCCACCUUGGGAUCCAUGGGCUCCAGGGAGGAGCAGCCAGGCGUGGUUCCUGACUCCCACACCAGCAGCCCUGCACGGGAAGCCGGCACCAACGGAGAGGCGCACGGAGAUAUGGUGACCCCGGCACGCCCCCGUACCACCGAAGAUCUCUUUGCCGUCAUACAUAGGUCAAAGAGGAAAGUUCUGGGCCGUGGCGACGGUGAGGAGGACCGUUGUCGCGGCAACGUCCUCCUUCCCUCCCCCUCCCCCUCCCCUCCGGUGACCCCCACGGGCGUUCCCCCGGGUCACCACGCGUCCCUGUCCCUCCCGCGUCAGACGGGCUCCAUCCAGCGCGGCCUGCGUCGCUCCAGCACCAGCAGCGACAGCUUCAAGGCCCUGCUGCUCAAGAAGGGCAGCCGCUCCGAGGGCAGCUUCCGCAUGUCCGCCGCCGAGAUGCUCAAGUGCACCGACCCGCGAUCUCAGAGGACGCCGCAAAAAGACGUCUCUCCCUCCUCCUCCUCUUCAACGCCUUCAUCGCUGUCCCCUCCACCGUCCUCAUCCCCUUCCUCACCCUCCCAGGCAGUCCUGCCUCUGGUGGAGAACGGUGUUGGCUCGUCCUGCCUGUCUCCUGGGCGCAGUCGCCGCUCCUUGGCGGAGGAGUGGGCUCGGAGCUCAGAGCGCCUCUUCCCGGGCCUCUGCUCCUCAUCCCCCCCCUCCUCAUUGUCCAUCGUUGCCCCCGGCAAGUACGGUCGCUCCCGCACGCCCCCGUCGGCCGCCAGCAGCCGCUACAACGCCCGCGGCCGCAUCCCCAGCAGCCCCAUGACGGCCAUCUGCGAGAAGGAGGGCGAGCUAGCUGAGAUGAGUGACGGCUACGAGGACCAAUGGGAGAGCAGGACACUCGGACGACACCUGAACCCCUUCAGCCUGACCCUGAGCCCCAGCGCAGGACUGUGCAAGGGGGGCAGCACUUAGGAGAACGUGGACUGCACUGCAGCCACGGAAAGGGUGCUUUUAAAAACUCUUAGGGUUUAACCACGACUUCACUCUGGACCUCUAAACACCUCAUUUCUGACAUUUGUUUUCUUUUGAGAAACAGCUUGUGCAAGUGGAACACACGUGACUAAUGAGGCAUAUUCCCCUUCAACUCUUAACUGUCAUCCCUAUUUGUUCAACUACUUUCACUGUCUUCCGUUUCCGUCACAGAUAAUCGCCCCCCCCACCUCAAAGAAAGUUAUAACACUGUCCGACUUUUUCCAUGUGUAAUGUCCCUCAUAUGUUGAUGCUUGUUUUGCAGGUUGGGUGUUUUGGUACUUUUUAGGCUUCGUUUUGGCUGUGAUGAGUUGGAUUAUCGAAAAGGUUACAUGAGUGAGACCAGGGAGUGAUGGCGUUGAGUGGUCUGGGUUGGGUUGUGGUAGCAGGGGUAUAUAUUCAUAUACAGUUUGACUGGAGAUAGCACUUGGCUAACUGAAAGUUUGUGGGUGGUGACAUCUUCACGGUACUCUUGUCAAAAUCAUGUUUUAACGAGUUUACGAGUCGUGUGUCAAGAAUGGGAUACUUUAUGCUGUGAAGAGAUGCCCAUAAGUGGGAGGGGAAAGUUACAUUGCUGGGUAGAGAAUGUGAAUGACGGAUUCAAGGAAGGACUCUUUGGCGGGGGAUUUGUGGAGAAGCUUCUAGAGCUUUCGUUUCAGAUUGUAGAUUUGCACUAUAUUACUGUUUUAUUUCUGACGUGUGCCGUUGUGUACAACAAUCAUUGAUUUGAGUGGGGAUUCAGUGAAGCAGUUGAGCUUCUGAAUACCAUUGAGUUUUAUUAAAGGUAUUUUGUAGCCAUGUGGCUAGAUCAACUGACCUGAUGUCUGAGAGGGAAAAAAUGACAUGCAGUUAAAACGUAUGCUGUAUAUAUUUACCAAUAACAUUAAGCCCUAUUAUACUUCUAGACUUCUUUUCUAUCAUUGCCCAAAGUCAGUGCUUUGAUUUAUGAUAGCAUGUGGUUGCUAUGGACAUACCCACGAAUAAAGACAAGCAUUUAAAAAAUGAUAUUACCCGCAGGGGCAUAUCUUGUAAAAACAAUCAGUGCUUCAAUGAGAUUCACCCCACAACAUACACACACUCCCACAACUGACAUUCGAUUUUAUUACAAAUUGUUUUGUAAAUGAGUAGAACAAUGUCAAUAUCAAUGUGAAGCAACCACCAUGUCCUUUGUAAUGGACCUUGGAAAAAAAUUGAAUCCCAACUUUGUACAUUUUUAUAACUUUUAUUUUUAACAGGGGGAGUACUUUGUAGUGUUUCGCACACUGAGAACCCAGACAAUCCCAGUUAUAUAGAGUAUCUACAUAUGGUGGUCUGGGUGUGAGGAGUUAGAGAUACCCUGAGGUGAAGGCUGUUUGCUGACCCUAAGUUUAUCUCUGUAAUAAAUAAAACCAUGGUGUUAAUCAUG